GACGUAUAAUGCAGUGGCCGCCUGCGUCCCCCAUGUGGAGGCAGCCGCCGCUGGCAGUGGUAGCACGGGAGGCCGGAGGCGUCUGUUCGGGCCUGACAUGAAUCCGUUCGCCUGGUACCCGCCGCCUCCCGUGUUCAGGCCACCUGUGUUCUGCCCGCCCCCGGGGCCCCCCGCCUGGGACCCCAGCUUCUGGGCGCCGCCGCCUGGGGAUUAUCCGCCGCCUGCCGCAUGGUACCAGCCGUCACCGGCGUACGGCGAGCGGCCGACAGCCCCGCACCCAGGUGGAAAUUGCCAUUUUACCCAAGAAUGGCAAGCUGAACAAACACCUGCAUUUUUUAAACAUUCUCCAGGUGGAAACUUCAAGCAAAAGAACAAAAGGAAAAAAGAACCAGUUUUCUCUCAUUAUUGUGAUACUUGUGAUCGUGGCUAUAAAAACCAAGAAAAAUAUGAUGAACACGUUGCACAGCACACACAGUGUGCAGAAGAUGGUUGCAGUUUCAGUGCACAUGAGAAGUUGGUUCAAAUUCACUGGAAGAAUAUGCAUGCUCCUGGUGCUAGAAGAAUACAAUUAGAUACUCCAGAGGAGAUUGCUAAAUGGAGAGAGGAAAGAAAAAGAAACUUUCCUACAUUGGCCAACAUUGAAAAGAAGAAAGCAUUACAGAAAGAAAAAGAGGAGAGAGGAGAAGUGCUGACAACUACGCAGUUUGGCAAAAUGAAGGGAAUGUGGAAAGCUCCACAAGGUGAAGAGACUUCUGGGUGGCAAGGAAGACAGAAGAAGAAGCAGAAGCGUCAGUUCUGGAAGAAGUUUAGGAAAGGUGAUGGAGAUGAUGCAUCUCUGCUGAAAGCUCAAAAUGCAGCUAGUGGACCAGAAAAUCGUACAUUUGUUAAGGAACCUGAAAAACAAUCUGUUUCUGAUGCACAGACCUGUAUGAAGGAUGUGGAUCCACUUGGCAUUCUGGCAAAUAGUGAUGCUGAGUCAGACAAGGAUGGAGCAACUGCAGAGGAUGCAAAGUUGGGAGUGACUGUCAUUCCGAAGCAGGUAACCUCUGCCCUGAGUUCACUGGUGGCCAACUAUGGCAGCACAUCCGAGAGCGAGCCAGAGGAAGUUCCUGCCAAGAUUGUAGCAAAAGCUCUUAAGGAAAAUCAGACUAUCCUCCGAAAUAUCCCUCAGGCUUCAAAUAUCCCUCAAAGUCCAAACAGUAUAAACCGCAAGGAACGUGCAGAAUUUACAAGUGCAACGUUGGCGAGCUCAAAUACAAACACAGGGCACUGCAGAGGUUCUGACAGACGGAGGAAGAAGUCGCUCCCUGUACUGCCCAAACGUCGUCCAACACUGCUGGAAAUGUUAUUAGCCCAGGACAUAAGACACGAAAGGAAUGUGAUUCUGCAGUGUGUUCGAUACAUCACCCGAAAUGACAUGUUUGGACUUCACUUAAAGACAGAACCAGUCGCUGAACCUGACAGUGGACAGGCUUCUAGAGCUGCAGCGGAGUUUUUGACGGACAGACCUGAUGGAUCUAAUGUUUCUUAUAGCUCUGACCGUCAAUUAGCAGAUGGAGAACAAGAUGCAUUAUUUAUAGCUCAAAGUGAAAAAGCAGCUAUCAGUCAGGCAUCACAGAUGAUUCACUAUAUAGAUGAGGAGACAUGGGAAACCCCAGCAAGUCGAUGUGAAGAAAACUGACGUUUGUUACGGUAUGCCUGUGUCAUGGAGGGUGGACCAAAGGCUCAACUUUUGUACUUCACUGAAAUAUUUUUUGAAAGACAGUAGAAUAGAAAACAAAAAUCCUAUCUUUUGUAUUUUAAGAACCAUUAAAACCACUUUUCUGAACACUCUGCCAGAAGUGACCCUUUCCUUGUGGAAACUGCAUCCAUUUCAGGUGGCUCUUUGCCUUCUACUUGAAAAGUUCAGUAGUGGAGCAUAGUUACAACUUUCUUCAGUAGCAAUCUUUGUUUGCCCCCUGGGUUUGACUUGAGGACUCUUCAUUACAGAAUAUGCCAGUGUUUUAAAACCAUAAUCCGAGCAAAAUUAUGCUGUUGAUAAUGGUGCUCUCGAACAUGCUCAGACAACCAGUUGUCACCGGAGGCCCUGAAUGUUUUGAAAUAAAUUUUUAAUACAUCUCUCAGCUGUUGUUGGUUUAAAAUAUAAAAUUUACAAAACAGUUGGUUUGGCUCUAAAACUUUCACACCGAAAUCUACCACUAGUACAAUAAAUCAGUUGAGCAGAGAGAAUGGAAGCACAGUUAAGGUGGUGGCAGCUUUAGAUGGGAAGUUAAGUAGAGAGUAGAAAAUUGCUUGAAAUCAUUCUUUAAGUGACAAACCAAUAGCUACUGCUACCUUUUAUCCAUCCUUUAAUAUCUGCCUGUAACUUUAGACAUAGCUUCACCUCAAGCCUUAACUGCUGUAGCUGGUCAUCCUUAUUGCUUGUAGGAAUGAGGGCUAUAUUUUACUCUGUAUUUAAAUUAUAAUUUUGGAGUAAAGGAGGCUUCCUAGGAUGAGUUUCUCUUUAUCUCCCCUAGUUAAUAUAAAAUUAAGACUAUUAUCUGGCAUUCUAUAACCUGUUGUUUUCUGAUUCAUUUUUAAAAUGCCAGUGACACAUCCUGUGGAUUUCCUUGGAAUUGUGCUAUUAAUGUCACUCAUACAAAAUGUUCAUUCCUCUCUGUGGUGCCUGAAGUUAUAAAUCUCAUACAAGCUUUUAUGAGCUUUAAAGUUGCAUUAGUUGAGGAUUUAAAAAUAAGUUUGCCACCUUUUGUUAAAUUGUGUGUACAUUUGUCAGGUGCCUUCUUGUGAAGUUCACCUGUCAGUUUGUCUCGCUCCUAGUGGAAAUAUGAUAUGACAGUGACUUAGUCCAUUCAUCUGCUUAAAAAUAGUUCCCCACAUUCUGUAUUUUAGCCACAAUUCUUACAUAUUGUAGGCUCAGUUUCUAAAUUAAAUUGCCUUCUCAGGAAAUGCAUUGAUCUUUCUUUGCUUUACUCAUUCUGGUACAAGUGCACCCCUCCAUCUAACCUGCAGAAUGCUACGGACUGUAGGUUUUUUUUGUAUUAUCCAAUAGCUGUAUGUAUUAAGUUCUCUUGUUCAGUUUUUAAAACACUUGUCAGUUUUGUGGAAAUAAAUCUUGUUCAUGGAGUACAGGAGGCUGGGAAUAGCUGAAAAAUUCCAUCUUUACUGCUCUACUAUAUAUAGCUACACUGUAUACUAUGUAACAUACUGUGUACAUUUAUGGAAUUAUAUAAAUAUUGGCACCUAUGUAAGAGGGUGGUGAGUCCUAGGAAUGUGUAUAUGUAAUAGAUUAUUAAAUACAGCAAUCAUAAACUUGUUAUAUUUGUACUUGCAAUCCAGAUGACUCAUCCUUCCCAUGGUGGUCCCACAUACCAUCACUUCAUUUUAUUACCUUGAGUGUGGCUCUUACACAGUUUACUGCAGUGAAAAACAGCGAAAAUUUAGCUAAGGAGAUUGGAACUUUACAGAAUUUGGUUUCUGGAUACACUUGUAUUCAGACUGGUAUGUGUGUGGGGAGGGGUGUCAAAUCAGCAGUUGCAUUGUUAUACCAAUAAAAUAAAAACCAGCAGGAUCUUAUUGUGAAUACAGAAAGAAUCAUAGUAAGCAGUUAGUUAUAGCUAUAACAUUCCAUUCAAUCUCAUAUUUAUUCACACACACAAGUUCUGCAAGGUUAUCAUCAUAGUUACCAGCCUUAGAGUUGCUCGUGCCAAGCCACUGGUCAGGUGGCCUGGACACGAGGAGGGAGCAGGGCCUUGUCAGAUGCACAUCUGACGCUCCUGGAAGUUGGUUUGCAGAAUCAGACCCCAAAGUUCUCACUUUCUAGAGUCCAUUUUUAUAGGAAUUUCUUCCUAUGCAAGUCUAUGGGAAUUGCUUCAUCAUGCUGUUGCUGAAUCAAUCAGCAGAUGGCACAUUUCUGACGGCUCUGUGUUCUUCGGUUCUCCCAUCCUUGAGGCUGUUGGGUGGAUUUCAGUCUGUCCUCUGGUUGUUUCCACUUGACCCCUCCUUCAGCCGAUGGACACUGGAUUCUUAGGCUGGUACCUCCCUGAUCAUUCAGUUAUUAUCCACAUCAAGCAUCCAUCCACAUACAUCUUCUAUCUGUAUUUUAAUCACAGUUGUUAACAAAGCGAGAUAAAUACAACAAAAGGGCAGGGAGUCUCUGUGUGCUGUUUCUGUUACAAAGUAUUGCUUUGAGUCUCUCUCUGUGUGAGUAGUUGUUGUUACAAAGUACUGCUUUGAGAUUGGACUCUGUCUUAGGAUGUACUAACACAAUUAGCAGCUUGCAUGUUUCACACAGAGAGGGAGAGAAACAGUAAAAACAAGAGACCAAAAACCAAGAGACCUCUUAAUUAGUAAUACUCUGGAAUUUAAACUCAUUUGUGAUUUUAAUACAGAACUUCUUUAAUAUGAUCCAACAGCAUCAGUGUAGUAAACAAAAAAUGAGCAAGUUAGGAUUACUACAGAAUUGCACUUUUGGGGGUAGGAGGGGGGUAACUAAUCCACCGCCCCUUAAGGGCUUGCUCUUGUUCCUGUUGAAGCUUGUGGCAAAUCUCCCUUUGCAGAGGGAGGUCCUGUGUGAGGAAGGCUCUGCUAUGAAUUGCUUGUACCUCUGUUCCCUGACUGAAGAUCAUUAAAAUUCUACAAAAAGUAGAUAUAGCCCCAUUAGAAGUCCUUCUCUUCCUCCCACCCUCCCGUUGUGUGGUUAGGUACCUUUCUGGGAAAAACAUUUAACAUAGAAGGACUACCUGUCUUAAAUCAAUAAUACAUUUUGCUUUUGUGGUGUUUGUACUGCAUAUAUUUAAAACUGCCCUUUGUGCUCCAGGAAUGAACUGCUUCUGCUUAAUCUAAGGGGAGAUGGGUAGGCUGCAUUAAACCAGGAAUAGCAGCUGUGGGCCGUAUACAGAAAACCCCACUUUUUCACUUUGGUUCCUUUUGUAGGUCAAUAGGGAGUUUCACCUGACAUUCCAGAAUUAGCUUUCCUAAUACCUUUCAUCUAGCCUUCACAUUGGAAUGUUAAUGCUGUAAUUUCCUGUCUUGCUUAUGUCAAGCAGCUGCAGUUUUGUUUCUGCAGCUUUGCCUUUUCUUUUUGUAUCCGAGUAUGAUGAUGGAUUUUUUCCUCCCACUUGCAUGAAGAUGCCUGUCUGUGGCUGUGUAAGAAAUAACCAGUUGCAUUUUGAAUGUGCAGUGGUUGAUUUCUUUAUUAUGCUAUGCAUGGCCUUUAAUUGUUUCAUUAUUGAUUUUUGGUUGGAUUAUGGCAUUAUGGUUUGAAAAAUGGUACUUUCAGCCUUUGACUUGCACUGGAUAAAAGUACUCAACAUUUUACUGCCCCCUCCCCCUUCCAGCUUUGGUAACUUAGCUACAGAAGAUGUCUGAAUUAAAUUCAUUACCCUCCUUUUAAAAUUCCAUGUUUCACUUAUUAAUCCAGAAAAACUGAAGUCUGUUUUUACAGCUGUCUAAACCUUAGUCAAGUUUGUGAAUGGUGAUGUGACUUAACAGACAACUCUGUUUUGUUUGAACAAUGCUUCUCAUUUAUGGGAUAGCUUCUGUCUGUGAAGGGAAUAAAGAAAUGAACUUUGUGGCCUUGUAUUACUGAA